AUGGGCGGUGAUGUGAGCAAACACAAGCCUGAGAGGCAGAUGGAGUGGGCUCUUCCAGGCUUCAUCUCACUCUUCCUUCCAGAGUUUCCUCACCGCUUUGAUGAACAUAUGCAUAUACAGAUCCUUGGGUUAAUCACGAAAGGUUUGUUUGGACCAAUAUUGAAGGUGAAGGAAAAGGAAACAGACAAGAUCUAUGCUGUUAAGGUUUUACCAAAAUCUGAGGUUCUGAGACAUGGAGCUUUGGCACAGUCAAAAGAGGAAGUUAUAAUUCAGCGGCAGGUCAGACAUCCAUUCCUCCUCAGUCUGCAGGACUGUUGGCAGAGCCAGCGCAAUCUCUUCAUCAUGUGUGAUUACUGCAGCUCUGGAGACUUGUACACUUACUGGAUGCUGACUGGGCAUUUUGGAGAGAAUGAGGUGAGAGUGUUUGCUGCUGAGCUGGGAAGUGCUUUGGGAUUUCUUCAUGACUUUGGGGUUAUGCACAGGGAUGUGAAGAUGGAAAACAUUCUCUUAACUGAACAAGGCCACCUCCGUCUGGCUGAUUUCGGACUGUCUCGUCGCCUUCGACGCGGGGAAAGAACAUUUACAAUCUGUGGUACAAUUCAGUACAUGGCCCCUGAAGUUCUGAGUGGGGGUCCCUAUAACCAUGCUGCUGACUGGUGGUCCCUCGGCAUUCUCUUAUAUGCUCUGGCUACUGGAAAGUUUCCUUUAUCUCCAGAAGCAGAUCACAGCAACAUGUUGACUAAAGUCAGGGAACAUUCAUACGACAUGCCUCACACUUUCAGCCCGCCUCUGGCCCUUUUGCUCAGAGAGCUCCUGUGCAAGACUCCAGCACGUCGCUUGCGCAGCUUUGAGCGAUUUAAAACGCAGAAGUUUUUCCACGGCACAUCUUUUGACUCUGAGCUGCUGCAGAAGACACCUGUCGAGCUGAUUCUGGAUCUUCAGAAACAUCCAGACCGUGCAGCAAAAGCAAUGCGGGGGUUAACGGUGGAUUACUUCCAGAACUUUGAUUGUGACCUCCUCAAUUCCCAAGCUACCGCAACUGAUUUAUCACCUACUUUGGAUCACAGAGAAGCCAGCUAG